GCCGCGCCGUACAGCCGCCUCGCACGCCGCCGCACCGCGCGUGCUUCGAACAGCGCACGCGCACGCGACACAUCCCCGCGCCCCGCGACGCACGUGCAUUUUCAAACAUCAUCCUCCAAUGUUCAUAUUACAACGUUUGGUUGAAACACAGAUUCACGAUGCAAGAGCAAAGUUCCUCGCGAUCAAGCAAAUCUACAUUGAAUUCUUUGGAAAGCGCUAUCAUCAAGCUGAAGAAUAACCUACAAAUACAGGAUACCAAGACCUCAACAGACAUGAAUGGACUGUUGGCAGUUGACCCACCAUCCCCACAUCCGGAGACGAAAGCUAAUGCAAGUAAGACCCAUAGUUCAUCUACAAGUACAAAUUUGAAUUUAUCGUUAGCGUCUGCUGCAUUGUUACAAGAAAACAUGCUACAAAGAUCACUUCAAGGCGUUGUCAUUUCUCUUCAAAAUGCAAUGAUGAAUUCUCUACAACAAGCCGCACUCCUGCCUUCAAAUUCAGCAGCAGCUGCCGCUUUAAACUUACAAGCAUUGGAAUCUUAUUUGACUUUACAACGUCUAACAUCUGUCUCUUCUGUAAAUACUACAAGUCAACCUAAUGCAUCUGAUAAUAGUUCAACAUCUAAGCAAGAUAUCUUAAGAAUAGCUACCGCAAGUGCAAAAAUAAGUGAUGUAGAUGCAACAGAAAAUACUACUAGAGAAUUUUCACCUAAAACGCCGGAAGAAUAUCCGUUAUCUGAUGCAAUAGCGGCAGAAGAUGUUGAUUUAUCAGAAGAAGUUGAGGAAGAUUUAGCUUUAUUAGAUAAUGAAGACGAAUUUGCAUUGGAGCAACAUUUGGAAUCAACGUCAAAAUAUGGGUACAGUUCAUCACAAAAUUUGGACAACGGAUAUCCAAGUCUCAUAAUGAAUGCAAUGUAUCAACAACAAAUGAACGGAAGUCCAUCGCAAGCGCCUCUAUCCCCGCAACCUUCUAAUUCCUCAAGUUCCAAAUCUACUAAUAGUUCUACGUCUUCGACGGGAAGUAGUAUAUCAAAUAAACCGAAAACCUCUGGUAGUGGAACUAGAACAAAGAAACAAUUCAUUUGCAAGUUUUGUAAUCGGCAAUUCACGAAAUCCUACAACUUACUUAUCCACGAAAGGACGCACACGGACGAGAGGCCUUAUUCUUGCGACAUUUGCGGCAAAGCCUUCCGACGGCAAGAUCAUCUACGAGACCACAGAUAUAUCCACUCCAAGGAGAAGCCUUUUAAGUGUCUCGAAUGCGGAAAAGGGUUCUGUCAAUCCCGGACGUUGGCCGUCCAUAAGAUUUUACACAUGGAGGAGUCCCCACACAAGUGUCCCGUCUGCAGUCGUAGCUUCAACCAAAGGUCCAAUCUCAAGACUCAUCUCCUAACACACACUGACAUCAAGCCUUACAACUGCUCCUCUUGUGGAAAGGUCUUCAGAAGAAACUGCGAUUUAAGGCGCCAUAGUCUCACACACAAUUUAGUAGGAAUCUCCUCAGUUAACACCUCACCCAGCGGAAGCAAUGGAAAAAGUCCCUUACUAAAUCCCAACUUUCCAAUUGACAACUUAGACACCGAAGAUGAAAACUAGCACAUGUGAAUGAGUAGUGAAAAAAAGACUGAUUAAAUACAUAUAAAAAACUUUGUAGUCUUAAGUUUUAGAGCCGUCUUGGGUACAGCUAUAAAAAUAGACAGUAAAUUGACCAUCAAACUUAUGGAACCAGUUGAUGGUGACCACACGGUCAAAUAGCGGUGAUAAUUUAUCCCCUUGUUAUUUUUUUUGCAAAACAAAAUAUCGUAUGAAUAGUUAUGUUUAUUCACGAUUAUGGUUCUUAAGCUCUGGGUUGUUCUUUAGUAUUAAAAUCUGCAAUUUUUGUUUUCUUAACCUUGUACAUUUUCUGAUCUCAUUUUUGUAUGUAAAUAUUAAAUUAUACUGGUAAGUCAGACUUGUGCACUCCGUCCCUUAGUUUUAAGACUAGCUUGUAAUUAUAUACAACUUAUUAAGAAAUAAUAUUUUGUGAAUUUUACAUUAUUAAGUGUGAAGUCUUCCUCCUUUGGCCUUAUUAUAAAGUUUUUUUUGUAAUCUU